AAUCCUCCCAAUUUCCGAAUCACCUCCCUAAACUUCGAUCUUUCAACAUUCUUAAAAAAAAAUCAGCCAAAGCAACCCGUUAGAAGGCGCCAUUUUUAUUUUUCCUCCAAAUUUUAAAAAAUUAACAGAGUCGGAGCGAGUCACAGACGCUCGUGAGGAGGAGGAGGAGGGAAUUGAUUGGACGGAAAUAAGGGAACCUCCGUAAAUGGCGGCAGCAUCGCCGGCGCCAAGCAAUAACAGCGCCGAAAUCCCUGCAGCCGUCGCUACCGCUAACGCAGUGGCGGCUGCUGCGGCGCCGUCGUUUAUCCGUAUGGAUACUCCACCCAAAUCCAAGCGCGGGCUCAACAAACCCAAGUGCAUUCAGUGUGGAAAUGUAGCUCGCUCCAGGUGCCCGUAUCGAUCAUGCAAGAGUUGUUGCUCAAAAGCUCAAAACCCAUGCCAUAUUCACGUUAUAAAGGCAAAUGCGGCCUUCCCAGAUAAGACACCAACUUCAAGUACUUCUCCAUCAGACCUGAAGUCAGCUGAAGCCUCUUCUGCUGGGACUGGGGUGAGAGUUUCAGUUCGGCAACUUUCCAAUGCUUUUGCUCAAUUCAACAAUCUGCAAAUGUCAGUCCGGUCAAAGAAGCACCUAACCAGAAAGGAGGCUGUAGCAAUAAAUGAAUGGAGGAUUUCCAAGUUAAAGGAAUUUAAGGACAGAAAUAUUGAAGUGGAAAAUGAGGCUUUUGAUCGUUAUAUGCAGAAUGUUAGUUUACUUGAGGAGGUACUUUCCACAAAAUCCAUUCCGGAAGGAUCUGAUGGGGAUGGGUCUACUGUGUCAGAACCUGACCCCACUUCUAAGGAAAGCCAAACAGCGGUGAUGAUUUCAGGACUGAAGACAAAUCUAAGAUCAGAUCCGGUGACAAUGGAAAACUUCAGAAAGAGGAAACAACAGCUUGUUGACCAGGGAUUGAAGGACCUUCAACAAUGUGAGGCAAAAGAUGAUAUUAAUGACACAAGUGACCAGAACAAACUUGAUGAUAUGCCAAAGAAGGCCAAAACUCUAUGGGCCGAUAGAACGGCAGCCUUAGAUGACUUAAUUGACAAGUUAAACAAAGCUCGGAAUGAAGAUGAUCUGAAAUCCUGCUUGGAGAUCAAAGCACAGCUUUAUGAUCAGCGUACAGUGUCUAGUGAAUCAGAAACCAAAGAUCUUGACACAUCAAAGGAGCAGACUGCAAAGGAUAUAACCCCAGGAAAAGUAGCAGAUUAUUCUUUUCCAAAAUUGUUCACUGCCAUUGAAAUCGAUCACGAAACUCUAAACAAUGUGGAUGCACAUUUUUCUUCCCUGGAGCAGAUAGAAGAUCUAUAACUACUAGAAUUAGUCAGAUAAACUAGCGUCUAGUUAAGCAUGUGAUGUGAUUAAAGAGUUGGUUCUGACUUUUCUCUUCUUCUAGGUAUCAUUAUUCACUUGUGUAAUUUCCUCCUUCCAUGUCCAUAGUGCAUUAGUAUUAAUGAUAUUAUAGCUGCCCCUAGUAUUCUCAAAUUGAAUGUGGAAUAGAUUUCUUUGUCUUUU